AUGGCUGCUUCAUCUUCUUCUUCCACCCGUACCCUUCUCCUCCUCAUCCUCCUCUCCUCUCUGUCACUGAGUGUGGAGUCUCGACUCUCGUCCCAACCCUUGCCCCGACCAUCACCUCGGAAACACGACACACAGGUACUAGAUAAUCUCUUCAGUGCUCAGCUCCGCUCUCUGAUCCUCAACCAACCAGACAUCACCUCUGAAGGUUCCACUUCUGGCCCCUCCCAUUCCUACCGUCCUCCCUCCCAGGGAUUGGCUGGUCGCGGCAUGGGGGCGGGUCCUGUGGUUCCCAGGUUGUUCCUAGACUUUCUGCGCCAACAGAGGAUGUUCCGUGGGCGGAGCAGGAAGAGCGCCACCGCCAGGGGAUGCUUUGGCAUGAAGGUGGACCGCAUCGGAUCUAUCAGCGGUCUGGGAUGCUGAUUGGACAACCGCCAGUGGCCUUGUGUUCUGAUUGGCUACCUUUCACCCCACUACUUCCUGGGUGUGUCAGAGACUGAGGGAAGGCUGGGAGAUCUCUAACUGACAGACAGACGGAUGUAACAUUCCCACCCCUUGAUAUCUAACCGCUGAACUAUGAACUGUGAUCCUGUGUGACUGUAGAGGUCAUCUCCCAAAACCCCAAGUGACCUAUAGGUGUUCUGAGGCUUCCAUGUGAGAGCUGAUACUAAUGACCUUUGACCUCUAACCACUGGCUCUGUUACAGCCAGUACAACUAACCCAUGGGGUGUGUGUUUGUGUAUAAUGUGUGUGUGUAUGUAUAUAAUGUGGGUGUAUAAUGUUUGUCAUUCCAUUGUAUCCAUGUAUAACCUGACAGGCCUUCUGUUGUGUAAACUUGCAAGUGAAACUGAGACCAACAUGUGUCAAACAUGUUUACAUCUUCCCUGUAACACGCUACCAGUAACACGCUACCAGGACCUGCUGUGUGUUCUACUGUCUGUUCUCUGUAACAUGUUAACUGUGUAUUAGUCUGAUAUGGUUUACAUAUAUCACUGUCAGUGGAUCAGGACUGGGCUCAAAUCAGACUUCAAUACACUGAAUUAUUUAAUGAAUCCAUCAUUCUGGUACUGAAAGCUGAAUUGGCCCCAACCCUGAGUCCAUAUGGAUGAAGAGAAGUGUUUAUAUCUACAUGCUGGAAGUCAAAGAACUUGUACUAGACUAAAUGAGUUCCUGUUUCUCUGAAAUAAUAAAACAGCUC